AUGGCUUCCUCCGGGGUUGGGUCGUAUUCGAACCCCUUGAAGAAAUUCAAGCUGGUAUUUUUAGGAGAGCAGAGUGUGGGGAAGACGUCUCUGAUCACAAGAUUUAUGUAUGAUUCGUUCGACAACACAUACCAAGCGACAAUCGGAAUCGACUUUCUGUCCAAGACGAUGUACUUGGAGGAUAGAACAGUCCGACUCCAGCUUUGGGAUACGGCCGGUCAAGAGCGAUUCCGAUCUCUGAUUCCGUCCUACAUUCGAGACUCUAGCGUCGCAGUUGUUGUUUACGAUAUCUCAAACGCCAAGUCGUUUCAAAAUACGCGGAAGUGGAUUGAUGAUGUUCGGGGCGAGCGGGGCAACGACGUGAUCAUCGUGCUAGUAGGCAACAAGACCGAUUUGAAUGAUAAGCGGGAAGUUACCACAGCUCAAGGCGAAGAGGAGGCAAAGAAGAACGGACUGAUGUUCAUUGAGACCAGCGCCAAGGUCGGUCACAAUGUGAAGCAACUUUUCAGGAGGAUAGCCCAAGCCCUUCCCGGAAUGGAGGGAGAAGCAAACAGAGAGUCACAAAUGAUCGACGUCAAUAUCAACCCCAGAGAGACAACAAGCAACGAUGGAUGCGCGUGCUAG